AUGGACUUUUAUCGCGGUAUCCCAGCCUUGUGUGGGAUUCAGUAUGUUUUGGACAAGAGGCCCUCAAGACACCACAAGCACUGGACGGUAUCCGUAGUGACGGUGCCCAACAUACCCUCGUCGCUAUGCUUUGACAGAGGGGCAGCAAUAUGGAAAACUUGGUCUCACCACCAAUUUUGGGCUUCCGACAACCCCAUCUCUUUCACCACUCACAUACACUUUGAAACGACGUCAACUCAGACUCUCACUUUCAGGUACCUAAGCACUAAGGUGCUUAACAAGUCACUUGCCCGUGCCUGCGUGCUGCGCGCUGUGUUUUCGCCGGUGCACGGCACACUCAUUACUUCCUUUCCUCUUCUUACUGUCACGUUUGGCGAACUCGAAGCAAACAUCAAGUUCUCCUGGCUCUCUUGGUUUGACUCACCCUUCUUCGCUCUACUCAUCUUGACUUGUCGCGACCUGUCUCGUCUCAUCGCCCUGACGCCUUGCCCCAACCUUACUAUCCAUCAGCUAACCGCGCACCAGCCACUCGUAUCGACUUUUCAUCUUGAGCUCACCAUCACCUCAAACCCCAGUGCGGUCUUGCAUGAUCAGCCGCACCCACAUCAUCAACCCACCAUUCAUCGACUUCCUUUGACGAUCCCGGGAUCCAGACUGCUUGCCUCAAGGCCUGUGCUGCGCCCUUUCCUUACCUCAUGCAACCGCGCUUGUGCUUGCGCCUCCGCCUCCAUCACCACUGCUACCACGACCACCCUAGCCAAGAUCAAGGCCCGUGGUCUAACGCGGCGCACGUUCUACCCCUCGACUUUCUGCACUGGCGCAUCUGCCGACUCGACACCUUCCAACUGUCAGGCCUGUCGUGUCAUGCUACGUACCUGUGCUCGGCCUCGAUCUGUCUUGACCUGGAACCGCUGCUCGGUGCCGCGCGCAUCCUUGUACCCUUGCCUCAUGAAGAGAAACUUUGACGCGUUUGUGGGUCGUCCGUCUGUCUCUUCGCCGUCCAAGAUGACCACCUCCAUUGCCGCCUCGUCUAUGAGCAACUUCACCACUGCAAAUGAUCCCCCGACACUCAGUCUUACUUCCAAAGAGCAGCAAUUGAGGGAUCUUUUGGUUGACGUUGCUGCCUUUAUCGAUGGAGCCGGUCGUUCACCUGAGCCUCUCGUCCUUCGAUGGGCUGGGGGCUGGGUUCGUGAUAAACUCCUUGGCAUAGAGUCUCACGAUAUUGAUACUGCCAUCAAUGCCAUGACUGGGUAUGCCUUUAGUCUGGAGCUGCGCGACUACUGUGCUCUAGAAGAGCAUACAAAGAAGCACAGUAUUGGUCCCGAUGAUAUGGGCAGCCUCCACAGGAUUGCCGCGAAUCCCGAUAAGUCGAAGCACCUCGAGACAGCGACUACGCGUAUGUUUGGUCUGGACGUUGACUUUGUCAAUCUACGCAAGGAGACGUACACUCAGGACAGUCGCAAUCCUACGAUGGAGUUUGGUACUGCCGAGGAAGAUGCUCUGCGCCGCGAUGCCACCAUUAACGCCCUCUUUUACAAUUUGCACACCGGCCUGGUCGAAGAUCUGACCGGAGGACUCGCAGACAUGAAGUCUCGCCUGAUCCGCACACCCAUGGAGCCUUUCCAGACCUUUACAGACGAUCCCCUCAGAGUCAUGAGAUUGCUCCGCUUCGCCAGUCGUCUCGACUUUUCAAUUGAUCCUGCUGCCACUGCAGUCAUGGCCGACCCCCAAGUUUUGAACGCUCUGAAACUUAAAAUUAGCCGCGAAAGGGUUGGUGUCGAGAUGGAAAAGAUGCUAAAGGGUAAGAACCCAUGCAUGUCUCUGGACUUGAUUCGAACCCUCAACCUGUACGAGGCCAUCUUCACGGAUUCUAGUGAUAGCGGUCACCCGUCACCUGAUCUCUCCAAGUGGAAACUGGCCUACGAUCUCCUUGACAGGCUCGCUCAUGACAAGGACCCCGGAUUGAUCUAUGAUGUUCUCGUCACAUCCGACGAAGCUGCAUACUUUGCUUGGAAUUUGGCUGCAAUUACCCCGUACUCCCACAUAACGGAGGAAGUACCAUUACCAAAGGCUCGGGGUACUGUGCCUCUGACUACGCUGGUUGCCCGGGAAGGCAUCAAGGCCCCCAACAAGCUUUGCGAUGUAAUUACUGCAGCAUAUCGCCACCGCGUCGAGAUUCUUGGUCUGAAGAAAAGCUUUGGUGCCGGGCAAUCUAGGACUACCGAAAGGGGCAUCGUUGGUAUGGCAAUUCGUAAGUGGGACAGCCAUGGAGGCCACUGGCGAAUCCAGGUACUCUAUGCCUUACUUGUCGAGGCUAUUGAAAAGUUGCCAUCCGAUUCACCUACGGACAGAGCAGAGUUUCUCUCUGGAUGGCAAAAGUUCCUGGACCACCUUACUGAUCUGGACGUCAUGGACGCACCUUCGUUGACGCGCCUGGUGGACGGGCGAUUGCUGGGAAAAGAACUCGGUGUCCGCCCCGGCAAGUGGAUGGGCCAGGCCUUGGAUGUUUGCGUUGCCUGGCAGCUUCGUCACCCAGACGAGACUGAGCCGGCAGGGGCCAUCGAAGAGGAUGCCCUUGAAGACGGGCUCUGCACUAUAAAUCGAGCUAAGACUUCGACUGUCUUUGGCAGUGCUAGAUGCAGGUUCUACUUGACAAAGGAGCAGAUUUUCUGUAUAUUCCUUACGUCUUCAAUGCGGCGGUCCUUCAUUGCCGGUCUGCCUGUACUCGAGUACAAAAUGUUGGAGAAGCCUGCACAGCACCACACAGCUGCACGCAUUGAUUUCGCUCUCACUGUGCCCGCUCAAUCCUGCUGCUACUUGCUUCCAUCAACGGUUAACCAUCUACUUGAUUUCGGCAGCGAAGAAGUCAGACUUCUCAUGUCAUCCGUGGUCCCAACUUGCCCAGAAAGGAACCUGUCAUACUACCUGCAUACAAUUGAGGCCCUGCAUCGAGCUACGUCAAGCUCACUUGAGUUCAACGUCGAUAGAGAUCUACCAAAACGAUAUACUCUCACAGACCUCGCACGAGACUUAUCGGAGGUCGAGCAUUUUCAGCCACCAAUAUCCACUCUCAGCGCUCUUUCACUCUGUCUCAGAAACGCCGACCGCAUCGACGAAGGGCCUCAAGAUCACGAGUCUAUCGCACAGCUAUCUAGCCAUGCACUGGGGUUACUGAGCAGCUCUUCUGGCCCGCUGUCAAACACUGACCCAGCUCUAGCCGAGCAGGCGUUGGAUAUCUUGAGAAGUCUUGUCGUGAGAUUUUCUCCAUCGCUUGACGACCAAGAUCUCAUUGCUAUCGCUGCAUACACCGACCGCAAGAGAACCUGGACGACCGUCAAUGCAGAGCUUUAUGCUAGAGAGAUCCUGGAGCGUUCAUUGGACGGUGUUCAAAAGCAGGCGUUCAUCACAUCGGUAGUGCUGGAGGGCUUUAUUCGACCCCUCUUCUCUCGGAACAGCUCUAGUCGCAUCACUUCCACCGGCAGAAAAGCUCAUUUCGCCGACGACAGUCAGGACCGCUUCACUCCUGGCGCUUCCGCUGAUACCGAUGACGCGAAAUCUUGGAAAACCACUCAAGCUUAUGCCAUUACAGUGUUUUCCUGGGCUGUGGAACAAUCCCAUGAUGCGCUUGUCGAAAAAAGUUGGCCAUUGUUCACUCCAGUUCUCCUCGCUCUCUUAGACGACCCCGAUACAGAAAAUAAAGCAAGGGGCCUGGCUGUUCUAGGCGACUUUCUCGUCAAAUGCCCAGGCAAGGUUCUCGUCCAAACCGGCCUGGGUGACAUAUUUGAGCAAUCCGUCUUCCCCACCUUACUAUCCUUGCCAACUCUGACGCCUGAGAAAGAGUCCCUCCUGCUACUUGAUCCGGCAUAUAGUGCAAUCAUCCGGCUCGCCAAAAUUCAGUUUCCUGGGGAGGGGGACAGAGACAAAAAGAAAGGACUUCUUACUCGUUUGCUCAGGGAAGGAGUUUUCAUGGGCUACUGGCAAGCGUCCGACUAUGUUGGAAUUGUUGAAUUACUUGCUCGACAAACGACCUCUAUCGUCAACGAACUCGGCUUUCUUGCCACAGCACAUUUGAAGGAACUCCUGUCCAUGGUUUCUGCAAUCAUGACGGACCCCUUUCUCGCUUCUCAUCCGAGCAGCAUACAAGCGGCUGCGCAGGCAUUCGGUGCCAUACUGAUCCACCAGCGUUUGCUGGUUGAAUAUGCUCGCUGA